AUGAAAGGACUUUCAGUUAUCGCCCUUGGCCUCCUCUUGGCGAUCAUCACCGAGACAAAUUGUAUUCCUGGCGGCCUUGGUCCACAGGAAUUCGCAGGACCCGGUGAACAAGCUCUGGUUCAAAAGAAUAGGGAUGCUAUUAUCCGUAAAUUACCCUCAUACAUGAACGGACCAUUCGGACCAUUGAAGGCUCAGGUGUUCAGAAAACAGGUUGUGAAAGGAACAAAUUACUUUAUCAAGGUAAAAAUGCAAGGUGUUCGCGCUCGUUACUUACAUGUGAAGAUUUACACCAGUCUGAACAACCGUAGUAGGGUAGAAGAUGUCAGAGUGGUGGCCCAGUAUGACCCAAUCGAAUACUUCUAA